UGGGAUGCUCUCACACCUACCAUUAUCACAACCACACUGGCAACGGCCGUAGUGAUUCUGAGACUCGUCGUACGAUGCAAAUUUGUCAAGGCUGUAGGCUUUGAUGAUUUUGUCAUCAUGGUGUCGCUUUUCCUUUCCUGGGUCGUCCUUGGUCUUACCGUGGCCAUGGUCGUAUCAGGAUUCGGCAGCUACGUCUGGUCCAACCCUCUCGAUCUGCAUUCAACGACAGCCAAACUCUACCUCAGCUGGAACGUCCUCUAUGUCGUCCUUAUUCACGUCACAAAAUCUUCGAUUCUGACUCAAUACUUGCGCAUCUUUCCAACUCGUACAAUGCGACGGCUCACAUGGCUCCUCUUUGCCGCUCUCGUACCUUCUGUGCUAUGGGGAGUCUUUGCUUCCAUCUUCAUCUGUGAUCCAGUCAAAAAGGUGUGGCGACCAAUGACACCUGGCAAGUGUCUGAGCACGAGGACGUAUUGGGUGAGUGUCACGGCUGUGAAUAUUGUGCUUGAUUUUGCAGUGCUGGCGUUACCAAUGCCAGUCAUUUCACGCUUGAAAUUGCCUAAGAAGCAAAAGAUUGGAUUGGUAGGCGUUUUUCUGCUGGGCUUCUUUACGUGUGCAGUAUCGGUGGUCAGACUUGUUCUGGUGCACAAUGCAUACGUUCGACACGAUUUUACAGCAUCGUCUGCAGAAGCAGUGACUUGGUCAAUGGUCGAAGCCAACGUUGGCAUAAUAUGCGCCUCAUUACUUGCCCUGAAGCCGCUCAUGGCCUACCUCUUCCCU